CGCAGGUGUGCCGCUGGGACCGGUGGGCUGUGACGGCCGGGAGGGACGGGUGGGGAGGCAGGUACGGCCGGGCGGUGGCACACCGAGCGUGCUGGCACCGAGCGUGCUGGCUAGCGAAGAUAUUCCUUUAGUGGACCUGGAACUUUGAAACUCAUAGGGACUGGCACACCAUGGCUCGAUGGCUGCUGCUGCUGAGUCUGACGCUGGGCUCGCUGGCCGAACCUCGGACCGGCACCUUCUCCAAGGACCACGUGCUACCGUCCAAGGGCGUCAACAGCAUCGUGCACGACUCGUCCAAGGUGCUGACCUCCGAGACGACCGCGGCGCCCACGUCCGGCCUCGGAGGGACGCUGGACGAUGAUGACCUGUACGGGACGGACCACACCGGCUGUCCCAAGGCGUUCCAGGGUCGCUGCGUCUGCGCCAUGGCCAUGUACGCGAACCAGGGCGAGAAGUUUGUGGUCAACUGUACCAACACGCGCUUCACGGACCCGUUCGCGCUCAGCGCGCUGCCGGACAACACCGAGGUGCUCAUCUUCACCGGCAACUUCCUGGAGCGCCUGCCGCCCAACCUGUUCGGAACAGAGUUCAACUUUGACGACCUGGAGACGAUCGACAUGCAGAACAACGGCAUCACGGACAUCGACGGCCAGGCGUUCCACCGGGUCUCCAGCGUGAAGACGCUGAUCCUGAACCACAACAACCUCUCCAUCGUCGACAAGCAGCGCCACCCGCGCGUCUUCAGCAACUUUGUCAACCUGGAGGCGCUGCACCUCACCAACUCCUUCACCGAAAAGGUGGACGCGCGCUGGUACAUGGCCAGCCUGGAGGUCAUCUUUCAGGGCAGCAAGCUCACCAAGCUGAAGAAGCUCCACUUGGAGCAGAAUGAGAUCUGGGUGCUGCGCGACCCGUGCGUAUUCGCUCACCUGCCGUCGCUGGAGCAGCUCUACCUCAGCAACAACCGACUCACGGAUGUUAACCUGGCCGCCAAGUGUCUGCCGAAGCUGAAGCACCUGGGCCUCGAGUACAACAUGCUGCGCCGGCUGGACGCCAACACGACGGCCAUGCUGGACGAGCUGGCCGCGCGGGACGACAUGUUCACCGUCCGGCUGACCGGCAACCCCUUCAUCUGCGACUGCAACAUCCAGCCGCUCUACCACUGGCUCAUGACCACGCAGACGCGCGCGCUCGAGCACGAAAAGUACCGCUGCUACGCGGGCCGGCCGCUCACCAAUGCCGGCCGGCCCAUCAUGCAGUUGCGCGAGAUGGAGUGCCAGCAGGCGCCGGCGCGCGCCUCGGCCGCCUCCGUCAUCCUGGGCAUGCUGACGCUGGCCGCCUGCGUGGUGCUGGUGGGCGUCAUCUUCGUGCAGCGGCGGCGGCUGGCGCGUGGCGCCAAGAACCUGCAGCCGCAGCUGCAGACCGCCAUCGAGAACGUGAAGCGGUCGCGGCAGUACACCAACAUUGAGAGGGAGGAAGAGGCGCCGGAGGUGGCGGUCUGAUCGGCCACCGGACGAUAGGCCAUGUCAGGUCACAGCAGGUCGCGGUAGGUAGGUCAUGGCAGGGCAGUCUGUUCGUCCCGUGCUGUGCAGAACGUUGACUUCAGAUCGGCAGAGCUAGGACGCCGCCAGUGAGAGGGUCUCGGGUCGGCGGAGCGGUGCUAAGUUCAGUGACGUAGAGGAAGCCCAGGACCGCGAUUAUAUGCAAGAAAGGAUCUGGGGAGGGCUACGCCCAGUGUGAGCCAAAGAUGAUGAGAAAGAGAUCGAGUGCGAAACCCGCGUGGAAACGAACGUAGUGGUGGGGAGCAUAGCACCAACGGUCCAGUGGUGAGACGCUGAGUGGAUCAGUGCCUUCUUAUGUGACUUACAAUGUUAUGAUGGUAUCAUGAUAAUCGAUUGCUGAAUCCGUUUUUCUCUUUCUCAUUUCGACACACUACUAGGUGUUAAUCGUCAUUUGCUUUUUUAAAUGUGUAAGAUUUAGGGGCAACUUGGACCUGCAGUUGAAUUCUGCUUUGCUGAUUUUCAUUGCGACGUUUUUAAGCAUUUCAGGUCCAUGCAUAAGCAUGUUUUGUUCGCCCAUUCUAAUCCUCAGACAUCUCCUUAUGCUCACCGUAUCGUCUAUAAAAUUGUCUUAUUGAUUGCCCUUACUUAAGUUUUUUUUCAACGGACGAUGGAUGUUUCAACGGUGUUGUGAUAUAUAAGUCGUCGGUAAAUCUACGGAACGUGAUUGACGAGUCCUGCUGCAACUGUUUUAUGAGUACCUACCAGUUGACAUAUGGCGAUAUGUUAACAUUGACACUAUUGCUACUCUAAUGGUGUAAAAAACAUUUACCUGUUGCGGUGCAUUCUCAUCGUAACGUGUCUUACAUAUGUAAUCCAAUCAAUUUUAAACCACAUCUCACUUUGAGUUAACUCCUAUCUAAUGAUUCUCAACGGUUCAUUGUUCAAAGGUAUGGCAUCCUCAUUCUGUCUGUGUAAGCGAAUAUUUAGCUGUGCCCUUUGGAAAGGCUUGCGAUGCAGUAUCUCUGUGUGGUUUGAUGAGCUUACGUGGGAUCCACUGAGUGAUGAAUGUUUGGUUUGCAAUAGAAUAAUCCGUCCAUGCCGGUCCCAGUAGAUCGCGACGGGCGGUGAGCGAUAAGGGACUUCGUCAUUUCGUAUUAUGUCGACGAGCGUUUUAUAUGCUUACAUCGCCGAUACUGAGUCUGUGAUGACCAAUGUAUCGUAGCUGAAUAGAUAAUAUACUAUUAGUGUCA